AUUUUUAAUUUAUAUAUAUAUAUACACACACAUAUAUAAAAGAUGGCUGAAAAACGAGUAGGAAAUAUAUCAAAUGGACAAAGAAAAAUUCUUAUUGAAUUUCUGAAUAAUCAUCCGGAAUUAGUGUCGGCAAAAUUUACAUCAACAUUUUCAUAUAAAGAUGCUCAAAAACUAUGGUGUGAAAUUACUAAUAUAUUAAAUGCCCUUCCUGGAGCUAAAAAGACUUGGGAGCAAUGGCGAAAGACUUGGCAUGACAUGAAAAACAAAGUAAAAGGAAAGAAAGCAGAUAUCAAUCAAAGUUUAAAAAAAACUGGAGAAGGUCCACCAUCAGAAAUAAACAUGACAAUGAUAGACAACGAUGUAGCUAAUUUGAUUGGACCUACUACUAUAUACGGUGAUGCUACAGUUGACGAAUCUAUUGCUGAAUUUAAUUUUGAAAACACUGAAAAUACCGAAAUUGAAAAUACAUUGGGUUUUAAAGAGAACAAUUCAGAUAUAUCAACUGCAUCAAGAAAUAAUAAUAUAUUAAAGGAUAUUACGUAUAAAAGAAAUGUUGACUUAAAUACAAAAAAAUGUGUUCAAGUAAAGUCAUCAAUUAAUUGCAACAAAGAGCUAUUAAUAUCUAAAUCACAAUCAGUGGAGCCUUGUGUUUUCAUAUCAGAUGAAUCAGUCAAUGGACAAGCCAAUGAAGAUACAAAUAUAAACAACACAAAAUUAAAAAAUCAAAAUAUAAAAUCAACUAUAACAACAGCAGUAACACAUAAAGGUAUUAAGAAAUGCAGACAAAACACAUCUCACAGUCAGCAACGUACUACAAAAAAAGGAUAUUUUGAAAAUACUCUUUCGUAUACAAAAUGUCUAAGCACAAAUAUGGAGAAUGAUAUGAAGAUGCGUGAAGAAUAUUAUAAUAAAAAACUUAAAUUUAUGGAACGUGAUGUUAUAGCAAAAGAACGAAUUGCUGCGGCUAUUGAAACUUUUUAUGCAAUAAAUCAAGAAAAUAUAACUUACGAAGAAGUAGAAAAUUUGGAAGACACAGGUUAUUAGUUUAAAAGAAAAAUGUUUAUUAGUACAAUUAUUUUUUUUAAUGUUUAUUUUUUAUUUUAAACUGAUCAAAAUUGCUGUGCCAAAGCUGCACAUAACUGAUAAUUGUUAAUACAUAAGUUGUUAAUACAUAGUGCAAUAUUAAAUGUAUUAUGUGUUAUGUGUUCAUUAUAUGUGUGUACAAAAUAUUAUUAUAAGCAAAAUAAAAUUAAACAAAAUGUUAUAUA